CAACAUCAGAAACAAUGAAAUUGUAUUCUUAUGCAGUCUGGCUUGCUUACAGUAAGAAGAAAUUCGAUCAAAUGAAACGAAAAUCCAAACCCAAGCAGAGAUGUGUAUCCCCACUACCAACCACCACUCUUUCUGAUGUCUUUAAAGAGGCUAAAUCCAAUUCCAAGAGGUUCUCCACACCACCCCCUUACAGAAAUAAACCACACAAGAAUAUCUUAGGAAAGACCAGCACUUGUAAUGAAUUGAACCCUCUCCAAAAAUUUCGUUUUGUGAAGGGCAUUACCAAGUUGAGGGCAAAGAAGGAGACACCAUGGACGAGGUGUUUAGAUAAUGGGGGAGUUAAGGUGACAGCAGUAGAGACCACAAAGAGCUGGAUUGUAAAUCUUUCCGAGCUGUACUUCGGAGCUCGAUUCGCCAGUGGAGCUCAUAGUAGACUUUAUCAUGGCAUGUAUAAGAAUCAGCCCGUUGCUGUUAAGAUUAUUCGAUUGCCCGACGACGAUGAAAGCGGAUUGAUGGUGGCGCGCUUGCAAAAGCAAUUCACGAGAGAGGCGACCUUUCUAUCUCAUCUUCGCCACCCCAAUGUGAUUAAGCUUGCAGGGGCCUGCAACAAAUCUCCCAUCCUCUUCAUCAUCACUGAAUAUCUUUCCGGAGGGUCUUUGAGGACAUUGUUGCGCAAACUCGAUUGCUCGCCCCUUCCUCUAGAUAAUAUGAUUUCGAUUGCGCUAGAUGUAGCCCGCGGCAUGGAGUACAUUCAUUCACAAGGAGUUAUUCAUCGUGAUCUGAAGUCUGGGAAUAUAUUAUUUGAUGCAAACUUCUGUGUAAAAAUUGCUGAUUUUGGAGUGGCAUGUGAAGAAGCACAUUGUGCUGUUUUUAGUGAUGACGCCGGCACGUAUCGGUGGAUGGCUCCCGAAAUGAUCAAGCACAAGCCAUAUGGCCGAAAAGUCGAUGUGUACAGCUUCGGGCUGCUCUUAUGGGAGAUGCUUACUGGAGCCAUCCCCUAUGAGGAAAUGACUCCGGUUCAAGCAGCUUUUGCUGUUGUUAAUAAGAAUUUGAGACCGGUUAUUCCGGCCGACUGUCCGGUGGUUCUGCGAGGGCUGAUCGAGCGGUGUUGGUCAACGCUUCCAGAGAGGAGGCCGGAGUUUGCGCAGAUUGUGAAGGUUUUAGAACAGUUUAAAGCUGAUCUAGCUAAUGGUGGGACACUUAAAGAGCUUCAGCUUUUGACUUCUCAGGAUCAUAAAAAACGGCUACUGAUUUGGAUUGAAAUGCUGAGUUUUUCAAAAGUUGGUGGCUUUAGGCCUCCAACGGCUAAAAAAUUGUAAAUUUCUGUAGUUUUCGUUGAUUUGAUUGUAGUUAUGAUAGCUUCUAACCUGCAACUGUAUGUAGUUGCCUCUACUGAAUAUACUGCUGCUCUAUCUCAAGAAAUAUGGAGUCGGCUUCCCAAUGUUCAGUGAAUUUUUCUGUUUCUUAAUCAAAGUAUAUAUAAAUCUGGCAGUUUAGGUGUUAGAUCUGUAAAUAUAUAAGAAUG